AUGCCGUACAGGUUCGCCAGACGCGCGCUGCCGUUAGUCUCAUAUGUUCCCCCUCGUCGGCCGCUCUUUCCCACGUCAUACCCCUUUCCUCGUCGCCCGCAAUUUCCCUCAUCUCCCUCACCGACCCUCGCCGCCCUCGCAUCAACUUGUCACCUGCGCUUCCCGUCGUCGCUCUUGCUUCCCCGUCACCCGUGCUUCCCGUUGUCGCCCUUGCUCUCCCGUCACCCGCGCUUCCCGUCGUCGCCCUUGCUUCCCUGUCACCCACGCUUCUUCUCAUCUCUCGCUCUCCUCCUCAACAUCUUCGUUUCUCUCGUCGCCAUAACGCCCUCGCUUCUGCCCGGACUGAAUGAGAGACACAGAGGGGAUAGGACAGAAGGGUAUGCAGAUGUUCUUUUCCCCCACGCGCUUCCCCUCAUCGCCCUCACUUCCCCCAAAUUGUUGCCCCCUGUCUUUGUUUUUCCCAACCACCCGUUCUCCCACCAGCCAUGCUUCCCCCUUUGCCCUGAUUCCUUCCACCCUCUGCCCUGCUCCCCCCCAUCCCCUUCCCUGCUUCCCCCCACCCUCUGCCCUGCUCCCCCCAUCCCGUUCCCUGCUUCCCCCCACCCUCUGCCCUGCUCCCCCCCAUCCCCUUCCCUGCUCCCCCCCACCCUCUGCUCUGCUUCCCCUCAUCCCAUUCCCUGCUUCUCCCCGCCCCCUGCCCUGCUUCUCCCCAUCCCCUUCCCUGCUUCCCCCCAUCCCCUUCCCUGCUUCCCCCCAUCCCCUUCCCUGCUUCCCCCCAUCCACUUCCUUGCUUCCCCCCAUCCCCUUCCCUGCUUCCCCCCAUCCCCUUCCCUGCUUCCCCCCAUCCCCUUCCCUGCUUCUCCCCAUCCCCUUCCCUGCUUCCCCCCAUCCCCUUCCCUGCUUCCCCCCAUCCCCUUCCCUGCUUCCCCCCAUCCCCUUCCCGGUCUCCGUGUUACCCGUUUCCUUGUCCCUUUUCCAUGUGUCUCCCCACCCUCUGUUCUUAUUCCUUCACCCUCGCACACCUUACCGCCUGCCGACCUUACCGCCUGCCCACCUUACCACCUCAAAUCCUUCCCUUCUCAUCCGCGCGCAGGUGUGCCCGGAAGGUGCACGUGCUGCCUUGUGCCUGCCGCUUGCUGUCCACGCCUUCCAUCCCACCUCUCCCAAACCACGUCUUUUUCUAUAUGUGCCUCCCCUGCUGGCCCAUACCCUCUGCUGAUCUGCGCCCUAUGA